UAGCCCCUCUAAGCACUUCAUUUUCAUUAAUAUAUACUACAUACAUAAGUCCGUCGAGAGCUGUUUACUUCGCAUUUGCACAAGAUUAUGCACAGAUAAGCGCACAAUUGGCAUGGGGCCAACAAUUAGCACUAAAGAGUGGAAAUUUGCGGGUUUGCCAUUUGUCUGCGGAGGAUUAGUUGUCAGUCGAGCACGGAACAUGGCCAGAACCACUGGGGAUCCUGCCAAGCGGCGCAGGUGCAUAGCUCGCAUCAAGUUCUGGCGAAGAUCGCGCGUGGGCAGCGACACCACCUUGGGAACCAUUAAAUACAGAGUCGUCUCGAAAUCUACCAAGCAGUUUAAGCUUUCUUUGAUAAAAGCUUGGCUUCUGCGGUUCCGACAGGAGGAUUAUAAAUACAGUGGAUCUUUUCAGGAAGCCAUCAAGCCCGUGCUCAUAAUCGCACAGAUAUUUGCUUUGAUGCCAGUUCGAAAAGUGAGCUCCAAGUUCGCCGAGGAUCUGACCUUCACCUGGUUUAGCAUGCGAACCUAUUACGCCCUGGUGACCAUCCUGUGCUUUGGGAUUAGCUCCGGAUAUAUGGUGGCCUACGUGACGAGUGUGUCGUUUAAUUUCGAUUCGGUGGAGACGUUGGUCUUCUACUUGUCCAUAUUCCUCAUCUCAUUGUCGUUUUUCCAGCUGGCCAGAAAGUGGCCAGAAGUGGCUCAGUCCUGGCAGUUGGUGGAGGCCAAGUUACCACCUCUGAAGUUGCCCAGGGAGCGCAGAUCUCUGGGCCAGCACAUCAACAUGAUCACCAUCGUGGCCACCACUUGUUCUCUGGUGGAGCACAUUAUGAGCAUGUUGUCCAUGGGCUACUAUGUCAACUCCUGUCCCCGAUGGCCACAUCGUACUUUAGACAGUUUCCUCUACUUGAACUUCUCCUCGGUGUUCUACUUCGUGGACUACACCCGAUUCCUGGGCAUCGUGGGCAAGGUAAUCAAUGUACUGAGCACUUUCGCCUGGAACUUCAACGACAUCUUUGUGAUGGCUGUUAGCGUGGCUUUGACUGCUCGUUUUCGCCAGCUUAACGACUACAUGAUGAAAGAGGCUAGAUUGCCCACCACUGUCGACUAUUGGAUGCAGUGCAGGAUUAACUUCCGGAACCUUUGCAAGCUGUGCGAGGAAGUGGACGAUGCCCUGUCCACCAUUACCUUACUCUGCUUCAGUAACAAUCUGUACUUCAUCUGCGGGAAAAUCCUCAAGAGCAUGCAGGCAAAGCCGUCUAUGCUGCACGCCCUGUACUUUUGGUUCUCACUGGUCUAUCUACUCGGUCGCACCCUCAUCUUGUCCCUGUAUAGUUCCAGUAUAAACGAUGAGUCCAAGCGACCUCUAGUCAUCUUUCGCUUGGUACCUCGGGAAUAUUGGUGCGAUGAGCUAAAGCGCUUUUCGGAGGAGGUUCAAAUGGACAAUGUGGCUCUGACAGGCAUGAAGUUCUUUCGUCUGACACGCGGCGUUGUCAUUUCGGUGGCCGGCACAAUUGUGACCUACGAACUCAUUUUGCUGCAGUUCAAUGGCGAGGAAAAGGUGGCCGGCUGUUUCGAAACCUGAAUUUUGUGGGAGUGGCAGGGGGUUAAGUCCGCAAAAUAUAUACUUUGUUGUUGCUGUUCCUUAAUUAUAGAUAAGUGCAAAACAACAGGUGUUUCUAAUAGUCAUUGGGCACCCCACAAUGUGGCGAUUCAGUUGGCUUGGCUAAUCCUUCGAAGCAGUUUGCCACUGCGAGUGGAAUCAGCAGGUCCUAGAAUGAAGAUCCUUCCGAAGCUGGAGAGCAAGUGGCGCCGGCUGAAGAAGAGGGUGACCAGGCCAUCACUGGUUAGGAAACUGGAUUUGGUUCACGAGAGUGCCCGAAAGAAGGCAUUUCAGGAAAGCUGUGACACCUACAAAAAUCAGGUUGAGAAUGAGUACGAGAUAAGGAAUAGUUUGCCCAAGCUGUCCCAUGGCGACAGGGAGGCAUUCCUCAGCGAUGGAAGCUUCCACCAGGCGGUGGGCAGAGUGCUCCUGGUGGCGGAGUUCUUCGCCAUGAUGCCAGUCAAGGGAGUGACGGGAAAACAUCCUUCCGAUCUGAGCUUCUCCUGGCGCAACAUACGCACCUGUUUCAGUCUGCUCUUCAUCGCCUCGAGCUUGGCCAACUUUGGACUGUCAUUGUUUAAGGUGUUAAACAAUCCGAUUAGUUUCAACAGUAUUAAGCCCAUCAUAUUCCGGGGCUCUGUCCUGCUGGUCUUGAUAGUGUCUCUUAAUCUGGCCAGGCAGUGGCCCCAGUUGAUGAUGUAUUGGCACACGGUGGAGAAGGGUCUGCCGCAAUAUAAGACGCAGUUGAGCAAGCGGAAGAUGGGUCACACCAUUUCGAUGGUUAUGCUGCUGGGCAUGAUGCUAUCCUUUGCGGAACAUAUCCUGAGCAUGGUAUCGGCUAUAAACUACGCCUCUUUCUGCAACCGCACCGCCGAUCCCAUUCAGAAUUACUUUCUGCGCACCAACGACGAGAUCUUCUAUGUGGCCAGCUACACCACAGCUCUGGCCUUGUGGGGCAAAUUCCAGAACGUGUACUCCACCUUCAUAUGGAACUACAUGGACAUGUUCGUGAUGAUUGUGAGCAUUGGACUGGCCGCGAAGUUUCGCCAGCUCAACGAUGAUUUGCGAAAUUUCAAAGGAAUGAACAUGUCACCCACUUACUGGUCAGAGCGUCGUAUUCAAUACAGGAAUAUAUGUAUAUUAUGCGACAAAAUGGACGAUGCCAUAUCACUAAUAACAAUGGUGUCCUUCUCCAACAAUUUGUAUUUCAUUUGCGUUCAGUUGCUGCGGAGUUUGAACACUAUGCCUUCGGUGGCCCAUGCUGUGUACUUCUACUUCUCGCUCAUCUUCCUGAUUGGUCGCACUCUGGCGGUUUCACUGUACUCCUCGAGUGUGCAUGACGAAUCCAGGCUGACUUUGAGAUACCUACGUUGCGUGCCCAAGGAGUCCUGGUGCCCGGAGGUGAAGAGAUUUACGGAGGAGGUAAUAAGCGAUGAGGUGACCCUCAGUGGCAUGAAGUUUUUCCACCUCACAAGAAAGUUGGUGCUAAGCGUUGCUGGAACCAUCGUCACCUAUGAACUUGUGCUCAUCCAAUUUCACGAGGACAACGACCUGUGGGACUGCGAUCAGAGUUACUACUCAUAGGAGGACGAUUAUCACAAGUGUUAUUGC